AUGUCCAGGAAAUCGCGCUUCAAGAUCCUCGACGAGGAAAUUGCACGCUUUGUGCUUGACAGUAGUCUUAGCCCUGAAGAACUCACUUUUAGAACGUGGGUGAUCACGAAGACGCGCGCUAUAAUUACUGAGGAACUUGGCGACGCUGCACGUGUAUGCUGCUUUGGCAGCUCGGCUACCGUUCCCUGCCUAAUCCUGCACUCAUCAGACCUUGAUUUGGUUGUUUUCUACGAUUGCGCCGAUCUGGGCAGUGACGGGCGAUUUGAUAAAGGAACGCAGGUGACACGAGAAUCCAACAUACGCAUUUUGAAGCGACUUCAAGAGUGCCUUUACCGCUCAACCCUCCCUGUGCGAGAGUCCAUUCGCCUUAUCGGUCUCGCAAACGUUCCUGUACUUAAAUGGACCGAACGGCUCACGCACGUACCUGUGGACAUUAGCGUGAACAACUCCGCUGGCAUGGACUCAAGUAUCCAAGUAAACGCUUGGCUUCAACAGUACCCCGCACUGAAGCCCACAACCCUGGUCCUGAAAAACUAUCUGUGGAGACUUGGUUUGAAUGAUAAUUAUUCUGGUGGAAUGGGCUCGUAUCUGCUAGUAAAUCUCUUGGUUUUUCUGUUCCAACAACAACCGACCCUGAAUCAAAGUCCAGACUGUUGUGCGAGAGCUUUGCUUUCGUUCCUGAGCUAUUACGGGUAUCUCUUCAACUAUCGAGAGUACGGAAUUUCUACUAGGAUGGGGAAGCCGUUCUUGCUCACCACCCACACACGCUCAUGGCACUCUCCUCGUCGCACAGACAUUGUCCCGUUGGUUGUGGAGGAUCCAACAGAUCCUUUGAGGGAUAUUGGGCAUUCCUCAUUCAACAUUGCGGCCAUAUUUAAAUUGUUUAAGUGCGACUUUGAAAAGCUUCAAGCGAUGAUGACGCCAGGAACAUCUUUACCCCAGGGUGGAAUAUUAGGAUUGCUCUGGAAGACUGAAUCCCAGGGCUGGCUAAGCUCAAAAAUGGACAGUAGCAUGGCAAAUCGGGAGUUCACCCAUACCAUGAUGCACUGCAUUAGUGGAUGCACCAGUUUCGCAUCUGUUCACCAAAAGACAGAAGCCAUCAAUGAGACCACUCAAAGCAACACAGAUGAGGAGGAAUAA